GAGCAUCCAUGAGACAUCAAGCUAUAAUACACCUCCGAAAGCGUCGAUACACUUCACAGAGAGCGAGGUGCUUGGAGAAGGCGGCAACAGCGACAAACACAAGAACAAUAUCAAUCCUACCAGUCCUUCUAGUGGCUUUGGUCAGCAUCGACACCGCUUCCGCUCACACUCCCAUCGAAGCAUCGGUACAAUGGAGUUUAAUCCAUCACAAUUCAUAACUUUCUCAACUCAGCUGGAUUUGAUUAAGAACUGCCAUCCACAUCAUCCCGAAGCCGAAGCGGUGUCGUCAUCAUCCGAAGAUGAAAGCGAUGAAAGUGAUAAUGAUGACACGGUUUCGAACACAUCCUCGGAUGACGGUCAUCAUUUUAAUGCUAGCACUCAUCCUAUUUUUACCUACACCACAACCGCCAACUUUCGUAUCAGGCUAAUCAGAAACAACUUGGUAUCACA